AAUAUGGUGGUUUUCUGAUUAACAAUAAUGUCUUGAUUUCUGUUGAUACAUUGCGUGAUACAAGAAGGAUAUAUAGCAGAAAUAAUUAAUAGUGAGACUUGUUAAGAUAACCGUGAAUAAAUCUUGCACAGUGCUAUAUGAUUCCAUAGUAUUGUACUAUAUUCAUUGUAUGUCAUGAAAGAGUGUUAAAUGCUUGUAGAGGACAUCUUAUUGCUGCAUUGUUAGAAGUAAUAGUAUUUCGCUGUUUCUGAACAUACUAUUAUAAAUACUCUUGCAGUAAUAUAAUCACAGUUUAUAUCAGAAGUGUAUUUCUAUUUGUGAAUUACAAAGUAUCUAUUCAAUGCUCAUGGAUUGUAUCUCUAGGAUACUGUGAUAUGUAAUAAAUAGAAUCUCAUGCCAAGACUACGAAAAAAUCGGAGAAUUGAAACUAGGUGGGGUGUCAAAUAUUACACAGCACUGAGAAAUGCUGUUUUUCUAAAGGCACCGCCAUACGUGCCAGAAGAACCACCCCCAUCUUUGAAGGAACAUGUUACAGAACACGACACAUUAUACAUGUGUACACAGUGCAGAGACUGCUUUCGAUUUCGAAGCAGUUUGGAUGAUCACCUUGUACGCAAAAGUUGGAUAUUGGGAUAUUGGUGUCAGUAUUGUUUUAUGACCGUUUGUGAGUAUAGCACCGCCGAGAGUUCACUAUGUGCGGAAUGUUCGCAAAUAGAACGUAGUAAACGUGCAUAUUUACGAAGUAGAGGUUUAUACAGAAGUCAGAAAUUUGGGGCAGUUAGGAUAUUUUAUAAUCAGUGCGAAUUCUUUGCACAUUUGAAAGUUCACUCUGUAACCUACGUGCAUAUGGGCGAUCUAAUGUUAAUGCCUUUACCAACAAAUAUGAUUUGGAACCCCGAAGUUGACGUGACGUGCGAAGCUUUUAUGGAGCAAGCAUUUUUGACAAAGGUUCAUAUAAUGGAUUGGUUAAAAGACAGAAACAUUGAUAGCCAUUGGUGGCAAUUAACUGCUGACGGAACUAAAGAUUGCAGCAAUGAAGUUAUGUACGUUAUCAAAGGUUAUAAGGGCCGACAUCAUUUUAAACCGUUAGAUAUACCGAUAGAAGAGAAAUUUUCUACUUUGAAUUCUUUCGAUCCUGCAUCCGUCAAUAACAGUACGCAUAACGAUAUCGAAAUCGAUUCUUCAGAAAUUGACAAGAGAAAAGGUUCACCAUCUGUAGAUACAGCAGCAUCUAUUUCCGACGAAAGCAUAAUUGAAAAUGAAGACAAUCCUUGUACAGUAAAUGAUAUUGCUUUCGUGGAUUGUGGGCCCGCAUCAAAGCAUUUUGAACCCGAGAUUUCGGUAAAUAAUAGUGUAAAAAAACAUACAACAGUUUUUGUAAGAUCGGUUCAAGAUUUUUCUUCUGUCCUUAAGUCUGCUAAUCUAACGAGUAAUAAGUCCAAACAAAUUAGCGCGCUACGUAUAAAUCCCAUUUCAUCCGAUGUAAUUAUGUCAUACGGAAAUACCAUGAUCACACCAAAAGUUGAUACAAACGAUUCUAACCAGAGUGAAACCGAUAAACAAUUAUGCGGAGGCACAGCGCAUAAAUCUAAUAAGGCUGCAACACCACCAAGUAAGGUAGUUACUGAAAGCAAUAUUGUAAACACAGAUAAGGAAGCUAGCAAAACAGUUCCGAGAAGUUUAUUGCACGCAAAUACAUUGGCCAAGUCGGAAUCUGGUACUUCCUCCGUUGCAAAGAAAACGGACACGUGCAAAACUAAGUUAGAUAAACUGAAACAAAAUAUACAUACAUUAACUGUAAAUUCCGGUCAGAAGAUCGUCACGUUUCAAAGCUCGAAACACAUUGAUAUUAACACGAUUAUUAAUCAGUUGCCACCUCACAUACUGAACAGUAAGAAGAUUGUUUUUAUAGGGCAAGACUCAAAUACUAUCACUGUUCGUAGCAAGCAAGAAUUAUCAACUAAAAAGGUAGUUCAAUUAGUACCUGAUGCAAGUCUUGAGAACGGUAUGAAAACCUUGCAAACUAAAGAUUCGGACAAUGAUAUUUUGAAAAAUCAAAUUACCCAGCCUAAAACGAGAUUACCGCUUUUAUCGAAUAAAGUCAUAUACCAGAAUGGGCGAAAGUAUAUUAUCAAACCAUCAAAUCCAACUCAAAAUCUGAAGGUAGCGUCCGAUGUAACAACAGUGGCUACGAAAGAGGCGCAAGGACCCGUUCAAUCAAAAUCUACGAACAGUAUUCCGCCGUUAAUACCUUUAAAUUCCACCGAAUUAGAAAAUAUACCAACAUCAGAAAGGGUGAACUUGCUGCACAACGACGUUACCCCUUUGACACCUUCCCCAUCACCGUCGGAAUUGUCGAGCAGUUCCAGUUGCGACAUUCAGUCGAAACAGUCUUCGUCAACAGUGAAGGGUACGCGGAAGAUCGACGCUUCCCAUUCGAACGCCAAGUCCACUGACCUUAAAAGUAACGCAAACAACAGCAACGACACGUUCGAAAGUUUAUCGUUCCGUAAAGGUGAAGACGAGAACUUGUAUCUGGAUAUAACGUUUUACAAUCACAAGCCGAUUUACACUAUCGUCGACACGUCCACGAUGAUCACGAAAUGCAAACAGGAGAUGCUGAAUGAAUUCUUUCAUCUAACAUAUUCGGAGUUGAAGAAACGAUUCGAGCAUUUGCAGCAAAUCAACGACGAGAUAUUGAGCGUAAUGGAUUUCGUAGGCGACAACGUGAUCAAAGAGAACUUGAACGCCGUUAACAUCUUGCGGCACGUGUUGAAACAUUGCAUCGACAAAUGCAACAACACGGUCGACGACGAGAGCCGCAACAGCGAUCCGCUGUUGAACGAAUGGGAAUCGGAAUUGGCUACCAACGGCGAGAAAUCCCUCUGCAAAUCCUGCAACAGACAGACGAAGCCCAAGUGUUACGUUCCAGGUUUCUCGAAGCACGUGAAGAACGAUGUUUAUUGCUCUUGUUACAGACACGUUUGUCAGAAGUGCAACAGCUAUCAGGGCAACUCGACGCGGUUCGUGGCUCAUCAGACGUUCCACGACAAAGAGAAACCAUACCUGUGCCCCGACUGUUAUCGUAGAUUCACCGCGUUCAAAGCGUUGGAGAUCCACACGUGGACCAGUUGCUUCCACACGCUUAAGAAACGUAUCCUCGGUUGCAAGAUUUGCGAGAUAAACGGUUUCCAGGACAUGGAGUCCAUCGCCAGGCAUUUCGCGAUCAUGCACAGUCACAACAGGGUAGCGUGCGACAAAUGUAACAUCGUUUUACCGUCGUACGCCGUGUACAAGGAACACCACGACAAGAAACACCCGAACGCGACCGAAGACCACCCGAUAAGGCUCGUGUUGUGCAAACUCGGUCGUUGCGUGGUCCGUUGCGAGGAGUACAUGUCGCACAUGGAGAAGCACAUGGUCGUCCAACGGCUGAUAUGGUUCAAAUGCCCGUUCUGCAUGUUCGUAAACGUGGAAGCGAAACGGAUCAUGUCCCACUUGCAGGCCGAGCAUUUGUCGCGGCUGAAAGAGAUCAUGAGCGCCGACGUGCUGUGGGGCGUUCUGCCAACAGAUAAGGCGACGAACGCUCGAAACGGUGGUACGGAUCGGAACAAGUUCGUGAACGUGCACGAGACACCCAGCGACGACGGAACGGUUAUGCCUAAGAUAAUAAACACCAGGACCAUAACGUCCGAGGUGUUCGAGCGCGGCACCCAAGACGCUGACGAUUAUUUAACUUUGCCUAAGAUACUGGAGGUCAGGUCGAUCGCGGACCCACCGUCGUCCGACGUGAAGGGCGGCAAUGGGGUCGUGAAAAAGUACGCGAAGAAGACUGACAGCAAAGGGGCGAAAGGGAAGAAGAAAUUGCCAGCGAACGCGACGAAGACGAAGACGAAGACGAAAACGAAGACCAAGACGAAGACGAAGACGAAGACGAAAGACACGGUGGACCCUAGUAACGAGUCGAGCAUCGACACGAACAAGGUGGACACGGACAAACGGACCGUCGAUCCGGUGGUUCCCAAGGACGACGGGGAUGAAAAAUCAGAAACACAGAAGACACAGAAGAGCCCUCAGCACGCGGUGACCUCGAAGCCACCGCCGUUGGCCAGAAUUCCCCAGCACAUCAUCGAGUCGAAUCGGAUCGUGAAAAGCGGCCCGGCGUCGAAGAGCGGACGAUUGGCGGCGUCGCGUAGCCAAAGACUGAGUCGCCAGUUCCCUCAGCGGCUGGCUCUGAACGGUCCAAACAACUCGGAGGAGACGGUCCUUGAUUUUUCCUGUCAUUUGUGCGGCGAGUUGAUAAACACGUCCUGGACCGUGCUGAGCGAUCAUUUCCAGAAGAAGCACUCGCACGAGUGCAAGCUGUCCAUUGUCACGUCGAGGCUGCUUCGAAUGUCGCCGGAGUUUAUAAACGGCGGCUACAAGGAUUUGCUGGGCAACAGGAAACGCAAGUCGGACAAUGGGUCGUCGAACGCGAAGAGGAGGAGGCGAUGGACACCAAAGAAGUACACCGAAGGGAAGAAUGGGAAUUUCGCUGGUCUUGGACUCUGCGUGAAGCAGGAGACCGCCGAGGACAGCGAGGGCAAGUUCAGAUGCAAGAAGUGCGACCGACGGUGCUCGGACAUGGCCGACCUGAGGGAGCACAUCGCCACGGACCAUCGGAUCAGGGGCCGUUACCUGAUCUGCCUGGAGUGCGGUGACAACUUCGUGGUCGCUCCCAGCCUACAGAUGCACCUGAAAGCAUUCCACGGGAUAGAUGAUCCCAUCACUUACAUGUCCAAAAACACCUCCUACGCCCCGGAGAGCAUCGACGACUUCGAGGUCGGCGGCAAGGCCAUCGAGGCGAACCAGUGCCACGUGUGCAUGGCCGUCUUCGAGGACAAGGCCGCGGUGGACAAGCACCUCAGAGUCCACGGGAUGGCGUUCCUCAAUCGGAAGAGGAUAGAAGCGCGAAACGCUUUGAAGAGCCCCGAGAAGAAAAGCGAGAUCGACGAGGAGAAGCAACCUUCGCCGGUUAAAUCGAGUUCGAACGAACCCGUCCCGGUUCGAAAGGACAAGCCCGCUGAAACCAUAUUGGAGAAAAUUACCGCAACCAUAUAGCUAAUGGAGGCGGCACGACUGUCGGAGGAGGCAGAGACGACCGGGAAAUAGUGCAUACUUAGUAAAGUCUAUGAUCCUGUACGCGUAUUAGAUCUUCCGACGGCCGUGUGAAUCUUUGCACGGAUGGCCACGUGGGGCGAACCGUUUUCAUAUGGUUUUCGAGGAUCUGACGAUACGCAAUGGGCUUUUUGGUUGUGUAAUUAACCAAAUGGACAUAUCUUGUUAUUUUAUUGACGAAUUAUGCUUUUUCAAUUUUGUUUUUCACUCGACAGUUGUCGCAGAAUAUCUUUAAUUUUUAAUUGUUGCAUAAAUGUAGGAUUGCCUAUGAUUUAUGGGACGUUUUGUAUUUCUUUUAAUAUUGUUCGUAAUUGCGUUGCAAUUAUAUGUUUUACUACACGGAUAAUCCGAUUCAGUUUCGAAAAUCAGAUCCCAGUACUCGAGUAUCCGGGUCAGGGUCUACUUUCCCUUUUAACUGAAGUAUAAAGCUCCCCUGACCUGGAUAUCCAAAUAUCUAAACACAUAUUUACUGGCUUAUAGGUGUGUACGCACCUAGGAGAAUACAAAAUCAGGCCAAUGUUUGUAAAUUUUUUUCUAAUAAACAAUUAAAUUUAUAAAAUUUUGGUCAAUUACAAAUACAUCUUCUAAGAGUAAUUUCAUCUCUCGUUUAUUAAAGAAAGUAUCUCUCUAUUCAAAAGUAAAUCUCGUCUUUCUCAUACCUAGUUGAUCGUGAAAAAAUUGAUUACUAAUAAAAUGGUCAUCUGAAGUUAACAUCGCGAUUUUUCGAUUAAAAAGAAAGACUGCGUUAUACACUGACAAAGAAAUUAGUACAAAUUUUGAAGACACGCUUUUUGAGGGAAACACCACCCUUCGAAUAUACAAAAUAUUUAACUUCCAUCAUUCAAAAAUAAAUUACUAUGAUAUAAAAACAUCGGGAAUCGAGUAUCAUAAGUUUGGGCAUAAACAUAACCUUGAAAACCUCUUGUGGUGCAUGCAGUUCGCCUCACAUGGUCAUUACAGUGUUAAAGUAUACGUGUGUAGUUGCGAAAAUCAAAGGUGGGCAAAACGCUUAUCUGGUAUAAAAAUUUCGAAUAACGAACGAAGGAUAAACAACUUCUCAUCCAUUAAUUGUGCAAUACAAAUUAUAAUCUGAAAUUAUAGAUCACGGGAAAGGAAGAAAGUAUAUCUGAAUCGCUGUUUGAUCGAAACUUUUUGAGUAAAUCUCCAUUCGGUGUUUUAACUCUACGUGUACAUAUUAUUCGAGAAAACUUUUGCCCAUUUCUGGUAAAACUGAUCGCAACGAACGCGGGUAGACGAUGGUACGGUACUGCCUCGCUUCUUGCAUCAAUCUUCGUUAGGGAUACUUGCAAUAGAAAUUACCUUUAUCAUUGUUUAUGUUUCUUUAGUGACCGUCGAUUCGAGCGGCCAGAAGACGUGGACUUAAAAAACCCAAUUGAAGUCUCGACGGUCUCGAUUUGAUUGCAAGAAAAGAAGCAAUACUAUAUUUGUUUCAUGCAACACGGACGGAGGGGGCAGUACUACCUCUUAUUUCACGAGUAUUUAAUACAAGUCCUCGACUCAUGCGAUUAAUUGGCUCUGGAGCUUUCAAUGUAAGUCAAAUUGCAUAAAUCAGAGAUUUACAAAAUGGGAGGCGUUUAAUAAUUCACAGAAAACAGUUAAGGAAAUGUUUAAUCCAGAAAAAUGUAAAUAACUUAAACAUUUCUUUCUACGAAUAGAAUUCGUCCGCCUCUCUUAACGAAUGCCUCCAUUUUCAAAUUUUAGUUGAAAAAAAUUGUGCAAGUACUUCCUAAUUUUCCAUAUCGUUAUGAUAUUAAAAAUAAUUGUUGCUCUCUUUUAGUUUCCAAGAUAGAAUUAUUAGAACAGAAAUAAUUCUUAAAUAGUUCACAAGAACACGUGUUAGGAGCCGUUUGGUAUUACUCUUGGCGAAUAAAAUAUAUUCGUAAUAUAUUGUCUCGUCCAAAAAUUAAAAUAUAUUGGGGCGAUAGUAAAAUACUAUUUUAAUUUACCCCAAUGUUUCGAAGGAUUAAAUACACGUGAAAUGGAAACCGAUACUGUCUCACCGUGCAUUCGUAUCACGUGAAACAAGGAGCAGUAGUUAAAAAGCGUCUGUAUUCGUGUACGUAUCACGUGAGAUGAAAUCGCGCAAUUUUAAUUUCACGCGUGCACGUGAAAUAGUGGGCUUCAAUAUGUAUAGCGAUUUCUAGUUUUAAAUACAGCCGCAAAUCUGUGAUUUUAAAGAUUCAUUUCUGUCUUUUAUAGCAGAAACUAGAAUGAAAUCGUAAGUCGUCUCGUAUUAUUGAAGUAGGGGGGAUAGAAUUAAUCAUUUGUAUCCCGGAAAUCCAAUCGAACUUUUCAUCGACAACCUGGUUUAACGAAUAUGUUAAUUUCUUGCACUCAACGUAUGAAACGUAAACGCCUUUUGUACAUACGUUUUAAUAAUGUUAAGGAAAUGUAUAGUUUAUUUCGUUAGCGUAUAUUCCAAAAUACCCGAGUUACUUUACAAUACAGGUGAUUAAAUUAAUGGUUCUUGAUCUUUGUUACGAAGUGUGCAGCCUAGAAACGUUUUUAAAUACUCUGUAUUUACUGUGUCCAUCAUA